ACCUGGCACCUGCAAUAAAAGGAAUUUUUGUUUAAAGAAGCUUGGAGGAAAAAAGAUUUAAAAAAAAAAAAAAGAGAGCCGAGGAAAAGGGAAAAAAAUGGAGCAGAUAAAGAGCCUCAGUAUCAAUGUCCUUUACCAAAACCAGUCUCAAAAUAGCAAAACUCGUUACCUUAGUCCAACACUUAGUUCAUAUCCAACUGAACCUUAUUUCCUCCAAAUUCCCAGAAGGAUAAAAAGACCCACUAAUCUAUUUUUCCAAGACUAACUUACAGAACUCCACAUCACUUCUCUCGUUGAGGCCAUCUUAGGGUUUCAUGCUGCUUCUUUGCUAUUUCAUGAAGUUCUUUGGAACUUAAGAGUGUGAGGCUAAGAUGUUUGCUGUUUUCCUCUUUUUCCCCCUAACAACCAGCCUGAGACCAACUCUUUAUCAGAAUUCCUUCCUUCCUGUUGUUACUUUAUGCUUGUGCUAUGAGUCCAUUACCACUUAAAAGGCCAGCAGAGAAGCUGUGACUGGAAUUUGUUGAUCAUCUAGCUCAAUCUUCUGUUUUUGAGAUAUAACAAUUCACCACAAUUCUCUGCAAACUCUUAGUAUAAAUGGACGAUUUUGAUGCAGCAUGGUUCAGUGGUUUUGGCUUUGCUGUGCGGAAGAAGAGGAGCAGUAUAUCUCGUCAACCUUGUUCUGAUCCACAGAAAUUCUUACAAAGUUAUGCUUUUUCGCCACAGUCUACACAAUAUUUAGGCAGUGGAUACAAUGAAGAAGAGUGUUAUGUUAACGAAACAGCACUUUAUUCUGAUGGAUUGAGAAGUCAGAACAAGCUUAAGAAGCUCAAGCUCAAGCUCGGUGGUGUUACUCAUACUAUACACACUAAGUAUGCAUCAGAAUCUUCUCAAUUUCUUAAUGUACCUCAGCCACAAGAGAAAGUGGUUUUUCAGGAUUCUUCUUAUGGAAGGAACCAGUCUUUUAGAGGAAAGAUGAAUGGUGAAAGUGUGUAUGUAAAUGAAACCUAUGGACACGAGCCAGUUCGUAAGAGUAAGCGGGUUCCUAAGAGACGUGUAAUUGAUGCGGGACUUAGUGAAGAUGAUGAUGGUGCAGAUGAGGAAAUCCGUUACCUUGGGAGACUCAAUGCUUCUAGAGUUUCUUCCAAUGGUAGGCGAAGGGAGGAUGGGAUCUCUGUUGAGAUGAAAAAUUAUAAACUAUCUAACUUGGGCAAUGAAGGUAUAACAAAGUUGAGAUCAGGAAGAUCGGACGAUGAUAAAGAUUACUUGGAAGAUGAAGAACCUAUAUCAGAUGAUGAGCCUGGAUUUAAGAGCAAGAAAUUGGGAUUUGUUGAAGGAAGGAGUAGAGCUGGUGCGAGUCCUAUUGAGUUCCCAUAUGGUUUACCUCCUGCCCCUCCUAAAAAGCAAAAGGUGAAACUGUCUGAAGUGGAGCAGCAACUGAAAAAAGCGGAAGCUGCACAGAGGCGUAGGGUCCAAUCAGAGAAGGCAGCUAGAGAGGCUGAGGCUGAGGCAAUUAGAAAGAUACUUGGUCAAGAUUCUGGAAGAAAGAAGAAGGAAGAGAAGAUGAAGAAACAACGAGAUGAAUUGGCUCAGGGAAAAAGUGCCAACUCAAAUAUACUGGGAUCAAGUACUAUUAGAUGGGUCACUAGUCCUACUGGAACUAUGGUUAUUUUUUCUGACGAUAUUGGUCUUCCAAAUAUUUUUAAAUCAGCGCCAUGCAGUUAUCCUCCGGCCCGGGAGAAAUGUGCCGGUCCAAAUUGUACAAAUUCUUAUAAAUAUCGUGAUUCCAAGUCGAAGCUUCCACUCUGCAGUCUCCACUGUUACAAGGCAAUACAAGGCAAGAUGCAAACUCUAGUUACCUGCUGAUAUCAUUCCAGCUCUUCCUAGGUUGUUACAGAAAUCAUUGACUCAGCUCCAAUUACCUGCUGAUAUUCUGUACCCUUAAUUCACAGAAUACAGGCAUAGUUAGUCUUAAUGCAAGCUUAUCUUAAUCAA